AUGGCGAGCCUAGUACAGAAAGAACCGCAAGAGCUGUGUCAAUUAUCGCCCAAACUCGCGUUCCUCCAGCUUACUGAGCCGUUAUACGGGGAGAGUGGACCUUUGGCAUUUCAGGACCUGUUGCGACGCUACCAAAAGCACUGGAAAGAACUACCAGAGGCAGCCAAGGAUGGCAGCUCGUCAGACUGGGUGGUGACAGUUGAUCAUGUUCAGCAGAGAAUAAAGUCGGUUAUGCCCCAUAUGACCGACUUCAUCUCAUGGGAAUCCCGGCAUCCAGCCCUCCUGGAACCCAGGUCAGGCCGCGUCAUAUCUCACAAAAAGGUGCGGGAGUUCAUAGAGAACUUUUAUCUUACGCUCCCGGACUCAAAUUGUGGGCGCCCGCGAGUGGCAGUCGUUCUUCCUAAUGGACCUCUCCUGGCCCUGGCUUUGCUUGCAGUAGCGAACCGCUAUACCGUUGUGCCGAUGGCAACUACAGCAGCCCCUAAGGAACUAAUGACUGACCUUGGCGCGGUCGGGGCAGAUGUAGUUCUCAUGCUUGAAUCGGAUACGAAACGGCUGCAGAAAAAGACGGAGUUACUCGUCUUCACAGUUCAACCCGAAGAUGACUUGACUUUCAGUGUUACUUGCACAAACUGCUCCAUUGAAUCGUGUCGAGCCCAGCACGCUCCCAAUGGUCCGGAUGAACUCGCCAUCAUUUUGGCCACGAGUGGCAGCAGUGGUAACAAGAAGCUAGUUCCUAUCACCAUGUUCAAUCUUCUUGCCAGUGCAACAUUCGUGAUGGACAGUCUGGAGUUGACUCCUGGAUCUCGCUGUUUGAAUAUGAUGCCACUCCAUCAUGUCGGCGGUAUGAUGCGAAGCUUGUGGGCCUCUCUUGUGGCAGGGGGCAUGACGAUCUGUUGCUCUCAAUUUGAUCCGAACCUCUUCUGGGAUAUGGUGGAAGAGCAUCGCCCAACGUGGUACUACGCAGCACCAACAAUGCAUGAGAUAAUAGUAGCCGAAGCUGCGCAACGAGUUCAAUCUGUUAGGAAAAGCACUAUUAAAUUUAUAUGCAACGGGGCAGCAGCACUGCCCUCGAAUCUCGCUCAGCAGCUCCGAGACAUAUUUCAAUGCACAUUGUCACUCAGCUAUGGAAUGGCUGAAUGUGUACCCAUUACGGCACCACCUAAGGUCGGCCGCUUUAGUCGGCCAGGGAGCACCGGACUGGCCGCGGGGCCAGAGCUGGCAAUUUUCAAUACUCAGCACACGCAACAGCGUGCCCCUACUGGCUCGGUAGGUAGGAUCUGUGUCCGAGGCCUACCUGUAUUCCCAGGUUACCUCAUCAAAGAUGGACUGGAUCGGAGCUCGUUCACUUCAGCAGGGUGGUUUGACACGGGUGAUCUCGGAUAUGUUGACGAGAAUGGGUGGCUCUAUAUCACCGGGCGGACGAAAGAAGUCAUCAAUCGCGGAGGGGAGACGAUAUCGCCGGUGGAGGUCGAGGAUGCCAUGGCUCUGGCAUUCCCUACUCCCCAUGAUGCCCUUCAAGAGGUUGUUGGUGUGGCGAUUGUAACCCCAGCAGGUCGCAUGAGGCCUGAUCUUCGCCAAAUUCACAAGGCUCUGAGGGAGCGUCUUCAUCAGCCCAAAUGGCCUGUUCUUUUGGUUUACAUGGAUGGCCUUCCUAAAUCACGCAACAAGUUGCGACGCAUCGGCCUAAGUCAAAGACUGGGUCUGGAGACAUUGACAGAUCAAGUUCCUACGGCUGAGCGGCACUACGAGGCACUGUGUCCGCCGGUGGAUACACCUGUCAGCGUACCCGUCACUCGAAAACGAUGCGAGGUCAAUUUUCGCUUGGUGGAGGGAUAUAUUGCGCAAGUUUCGGGACUGUCGGAGGUAUUUUUGCAAGUCCACGCGGACGGAUACCCCCGAGCCGUCAUCUUCAGGGACGGGACUGGUGAUGUCUUGCCGGAGGAGAUCCUCGCCAGCCUCCCAGAGCUUCUGCACGGAUACCUAAUUCCCAGCAGAUUGGACGUGCUAGAUGGUCCUAUGCCACGCAACACACAUGGCUUGAUUGACGAGGCUGCUGUGCAAGCCAAGCUGACUGCACUACAUCCAACAGUCACGUCAAGCACGCAGCAGCAGGUAUCUAAUCUCUUCGCAACGGCACUCAGAGCUGCCCCGGAAGAUAUGACUCCCGCGACCGACUUUUUCGAGUCGGGUGGGGACAGUAUGAGUGUGGGCCAGCUUAUCUCCAAGAUCCGGCAGGAGUUCCGGGUGCCUGUGGCAGGGGAUGUUCUUUUUCAGCAUAGUACUGUAGGCGCCAUCACGGCCAUCAUCGAGGCAGCGAUCGCUGAUUCUGAGACACGUAAAGUUGAAAACCACGAGCUUCCAGGUUGUCGAGAGACAUAUAGCUCCACUCAUCCAUGGGUGUUAUUCCUAAAUCUUGUUCCAUCUGUCAUUCUUUACCCAAUGCUUCAGGCGCUGCGCUGGUCAUUCUUGGUUUAUCUGCUCUCUGAAAUAUCGACACGGUUUCCGCUGCGUCCGAAUCUCUUUGGACGGCUGCUUGGCCUCAUCCUCAUCCAACUGACUGUCCAGCUGUUGAUGGCAAUUAUCUCCCCCCUAAUAGGGAUCGCACUAAAAUGGCUCCUUGUUGGUCGAUACCGCGCAGGAAUGUAUCCAAUGUGGGGACCGUACCAUAUGCGGUGGUGGCUGGCACAGAAAGCGCUCCAAGUGUGUGGGAAGGAGCCGAAUCUGGUACUAUCGAGCUUUGGCCGCAAUGUCUUUAUCGACGAAUUCACGGCCCUUGGGGAGUACGAUCUCCUUCACAUCGGCGACGGUGUGGUGCUUGAGAAUUGCAUCUGCCGUCCAUUUGCGAGUGAGCGCAAUACUUCGAUGCUGCUACAGCCCAUCACCAUUGGAGCCAACUCUUAUGUGGGCCUCCGAUCGACCGUGAUUUUGGUCGUGGGGUGGCUGCAGCUUCUUGUACACCUCGUGUCGGAAUUGCCGCGCAUCGCAGGUUUGCUCCCAAUCGUAAGUCGCUACCCGGCUGUCGCGGACGACCGUUUGCGACACACCGUGUCUUGGCUCACCAGCCGGACUCGGAUCGGCUACUUCCUUCUCAUGCGGCUCUACUCUGCUGUGGCGGGACCCCUUGCGUGGUUCCUGGCGGUGCUUGUAAUCAAGCGCGGUUUGGACGCAGUUUGUGGUCGGCCGUCGCGAGGCCCUAUGAACAGACUGCGUUCGGCUCAGAAGGUGAGACACGCGGCCCUAUACGCCAUCCUUCCGCAGGGGGACAUCUCCCGCCUGGCGCAACUGGUAGGGCCGCACUACGAGCUGGUCUCUGUGGCGGUACGGCUGUUGGGCGGGAGCGUGGGGAAACGUGUAUACUGGCCACGUACCGAGUUGAAACUGAUCCCGGACUUUGACCUGGUGGACAUCGGGCACGACGUAGUGUUUGGCUCCCGGUCGUGCCUGGUCACGAUUGACGGGCUGGGCAGGGACCCCAUUGUUAUCAAGGAUGGGGCCAUGCUGGGGGACCGAUGCGUGGUCCUUCCGGGGGUCACCAUUGGGACGCGCACGAUGGUUGGCUCAGGCGCAUUGCUGCGGCGAAACGGCUCCUAUCCGGACGACAGCGUCUGGACUGGCAGCAAGCAUGGUGAUGCCGUCCGCUUCCCUCAGCUCAGGGGGAAGGGAGAUGGUACCAAGGAUACUGAAGAUGGGGAACACAACACGACAAGGCCGUUCGGGCGAGUCCUGUACUUGGGAAAGGCAAACUACCAUGUACUGGGCCAGGGGCCUAUCGUUGGGUACUCCAGCUUUAUGGUUGCUUUCACCGCCGUGUACUCAAUGGCUUCGCCGUUGGCAGCGUUGCUCGUGCUGAGUCGUCUGCUCCCAAGGGAACUGACGGCUUUUGAGAUGCGAUGGUGGCGUCCUUUUGCCGUGUAUGGCGUAUUAGCAGCAGUCAUGGCGGCAGUGGCUUUAGUCCAAGGGAUAGUGUCGUUGGCGAUUGUUAUCGCAAGCAAGUGGAUGCUCCUCGGACGACGACAGGAGGGGUCCUACCCCUAUGACCGCAGUAGCUAUUGCCAGCGCUGGCAGAUUCAGCGCACCAUCGAUAUGCUCAUUGAGCAUUCCUUUGGCGGGACGGGCAUCCGGUCGUUACUCAGCGGGACGGCGUACCUCAGCUGGUUCUACCGCGCGAUGGGGGCGACGAUCGGGGCAGAUUGUGCGCUGAGCGCAAACGGUGAACCGCACAUUUUUCUCACGGAGCCGGACCUGCUGACACUGGGGGAUCGGGUCACAGUAGAUGAUGCCAGCCUGGUGUGCCAUCUCAACACGCGUGGGGAUUUUGAGCUGCAUCCGCUUCGAGUGGGCGAUCGGAGUGUGAUGCGCACCGGGUCUCGAUUGUUGUCGGGGGCGUCGAUGGGGAAGGAUGCGUGUUUGUUAGAGCAUACGCUCGUGCUGUCGGGGGAUCAUGUUGAGGAUGGAACGGCGUUGCAGGGCUGGCCGGCGGAGGAAUUUAGGGGGGAUCGACUACGACCGUAG